AGGGCUCCUCCUUCUGGCGCGCUCAAUGCUUGUCAUAGUUGGCAAUGAAAGCAGCACAGAGAAUAAUGAAGGUGUUCGUAAGUAGGAGGCUGCCCCCAGAAGGGCAAAAACUGCUAGCCCAAGCCGAAAACUGUACCAUCCAGCAGUGGGAUUCAGAUGAUCCCGUGCCAAGGGCAGAGCUGUUGAAAGGAGUUGCCGGGGUCCAUGGCUUGUUUUGUCUCUUAUCAGAAUCCAUCGAUAAAGAGGUUUUAGACACUGCUGGGCCAAACCUCAAGGUUAUCAGUACAUUAUCUGUUGGUUUUGACCACCUAGCAAUGGAUGAAAUUAAAAAGCGAGGUAUCAGAGUGGGUUAUACUCCGGAUGUUCUAACUGAGGCUACAGCAGAACUGAGCGUAGCAUUACUGCUAGCCACCUGCCGUCGCCUGCCAGAAGCUAUACAAGAAGUUAAAAGUGGAGGAUGGAAGUCAUGGUCACCAAUGUGGAUGUGUGGCUACGGACUAUCUAACAGCACAGUGGGAAUCAUUGGUUUAGGCCGAAUAGGUUUGGCUAUUGCCCAACGCCUUAAACCUUUUGGAGUGAAAAAGUUCUUGUACACAGGACGUCGGCCUCGACCUGAAUGUGCUGCAGAGGUUAAUGCUGAAUAUGUUUCUCAUGAAAAACUUACAGAGGAUUCCGAUUUUGUCAUUGUUUCCUGCUCUUUAACCCCUGAGACAGAGGGGUUGUGCAACAAGGAUUUUUUUAGCAGGAUGAAGAAAACCUCAGUUUUUAUUAACAUAAGUCGAGGCUCUGUUGUAAACCAAGAAGACUUGUACCAGGCCCUGGUCACUGGGCAGAUUGCAGCCGCUGGUUUAGAUGUAACAACUCCUGAACCACUGCCAACAAACCACCCGCUUCUCAACCUAAAAAACUGUGUUAUUUUACCCCAUAUUGGAAGUGCUACCUACAGUACACGGAACACAAUGGCUGUACUUGCGGUAAAUAAUCUACUGAAAGGCUUGGCUGGGGAGGAGAUGCCUAGUGAACUCAAGAUCUGAAGCUGUAUGAAAUAUAGACAAGUAUACAAAGAGACCAACUGGAUGCAGCGCGUUUCUGUAAUGACUUUUAGUAACUAUCUGUAGCUUUAGGGUCCAUUCACACGUCCGCAAAAUGGGUCCGCAUCCGUUCCGCAAUUGUGCAGACCCAUUCAUUUUCAAUGGGGCCAGAAUGUGCUGUCCG